AUGCCCCCCCUCCCCCCCCGCACCGCAUCCAUCACCCGGAUAACCAACGAAACCAAGAUCCAAAUCUCCCUCUCACUGGACGGGGGCAUCCUACCCCCCUACGAACCAUGCACUCACUUCCCGGCGCCCUCAGACCCCGCCGAAGCCGAGGCCAGCAAGAAGGGAAUCAUCCCAAACAAAGCCUCACCGCACGCCACGCAAUUCACCCCGACGCAGCAAAUCACCAUUAACACGGGCAUCGGAUUCCUGGAUCAUAUGUUGCAUGCGUUGGCGAAGCAUGGAGGGUGGAGUUUGGCUGUGAGGGCGAAGGGGGAUCUCUUCAUCGACGACCACCACACAACGGAAGAUACAUUCCUAGCCCUAGGCAGCGCAUUUACCGAAGCACUCGGGGCAAGACAAUCGCUUGCGCGAUUCGGACGGGGCGAUGCGCCGCUGGAUGAGGCGUUGUCGUGGGCGGUGAUUGAUCUGUCGAGUCGGCCGUGGGCGGUGAUUAACAUUGGGUUCCGGAGGGAGAAGAUUGGGGAUUUGAGUACGGAGAUGAUUACGCAUGGAUUGCAGAGUUUUGCGCAGGCCGCGGGAGUGACGCUGCAUGUGGGGUGCACGUAUGGUGAUAAUGAUCAUCAUCGGGCGGAGAGUGCGUUCAAGGCGUUGGCGGUGGCGAUUCGGACGGCUUGUACGAGACGGGUCGAGGGGGAGGUUGGGGCGGGGGAUGUGGUUAGUACGAAGGGAGUGCUUUAA